AUGGCCGGCCGGGGAUGCGGCUGCAGCUGCGGCCCGGGCUACCUGAACGAGGACAACGCGCGCUUCCUGCUGCUCGCCGCGCUCAUCGUGCUCUACCUGCUGGGCGGCGCCGCGGUCUUCUCGGCGCUGGAGCUGGCGCACGAGCGUCAGGCCAAGCAGCGCUGGGAGGAGCGCCUGGCCAACUUCAGCCGCCGCCACAACCUGAGCCGCGACGAGCUGCGCGACUUCCUUCGCUACUACGAGGAGGCCACCGAGGCCGGCAUCCGCGUGGACAGCGCCCGGCCGCGCUGGGACUUCACCGGCGCCUUCUAUUUCGUGGGCACAGUCGUGUCCACCAUAGGGUUUGGGAUGACAACUCCAGCGACAGUAGGAGGAAAAAUCUUUCUGAUCUUUUAUGGCCUCAUUGGGUGUGCAAGCACCAUCUUGUUCUUCAACCUCUUCCUGGAGCGCCUGAUCACCGUCAUCGCCUACAUCAUGAAGUCGUGCCACCAGCGGCAGCUCCAGAGACAGGGGGCCCUGCCCCAGGAGAGCCUGAAGAACCCGGGCAGGUGCGAGGUGGAUAGCUUGGCCGGCUGGAAGCCCUCCGUGUACUACGUGAUGCUGAUCCUCUGCGUGGCCUCCUUGCUCAUCUCCUGCUGUGCCUCGGCCAUGUACACCUCCAUCGAAGGGUGGAGCUACUUCGACUCGCUCUACUUCUGCUUUGUGGCUUUUAGCACCAUUGGCUUCGGGGACCUUGUCAGCAGCCAGAACGCCCAGUAUGACAGCCAAGGUCUCUACCGCUUCGCCAACUUCAUGUUCAUCCUCAUGGGCGUCUGCUGCAUCUACUCCUUGUUCAAUGUCAUCUCCAUCCUCAUCAAACAGUCCGUGAACUGGAUCCUGAGGAAAUUGGAGGGGGGUUGCUGCCGACAAUGCCAGAGGAGACUCCUGCGGUCACGGAGGAACGUGAUCAUGCCGGGCAAUGACCAGAACCAGUGUAACAUCUCCAUAGACACGGACGGGGUGAUGGACAGCGACACGGAUGGGCGGCGGCUCUCGGGGGAGAUGAUCUCCAUGAAGGACUUCUUGGCCGCCAACAAGGUCUCACUGGCCAUCCUCCAGAAGCAGCUGUCGGAGACGGCCAACGGCUGCCCGCCCCAGGCCAGCGUGCUGUCCCAAGACAAUGAGUUCUCAGACGGGGUGGGGGCCUUCGCGAUCAUGAACAACAGGCUGGCGGAGACCAGUGGGGACAGGUAG